AGUGAGGUUAUGUUCAGGUUGACGUUGACAUUUUAAGGUUAUUAUUGUGGUUAUGAUAAACUAAUUAAAAAAUAUGGAAUUAGAAGAGAAGAAUAGUAAUAAAGCGAGUAUAAAUAAUUCUAUAAAUAUAAAUGCUUCAGAAAAUAAUAAAGAAACGAUAAAAACUGAUAAAGAAGCUAAUGAUAAUAAUGAAAUUGUUCAAGAUGCUAGAGAUAAUCCGAAUGAAAAUCAACCCCAGUCUCAAAGUACAUAUGAUCCUAAAUAUGUACAUUAUGAAGGAGAUAUAGCAAUUUACACAGAUCCAUCAUCAGGUUAUCAAUAUCAAUGGAAUAAAGAGAGCGAAAAGUGGGAAGCAAAAGCUCAAAAUGUUGAGUAUGGAUUUGAAGAUGAUACUCACACUUAUACAGAUAAUGAUGGAACAAAAUUCUUUUGGGAUAAGGAAAAAAAUGCUUGGUUUCCAAAAAUAAAUGAUGAUUUUAUGGCAAAAUACCAAAUGAGUUAUGGUUUUGUCGAUAACACAUCAACAGAAAAAAGUAAAGAAAUCGAAAUAAAAGAAUCGAAAGAAGAAAUUAAAUUAGAAGUUGAAAACCAUAAAGGUGUUAAAAGAAAAGCCUCCGAACCAUCUUGGUUUACUUUAGACGAUGAACAAAACACAAAAGUUUAUGUAAGUAAUUUACCGUUAGACACAACCGAAGAAGAAUUUGUAGAUUUAAUGCAAAAAUAUGGCUUAAUUAUGCGAGAUACCAUUACACACAAAAUGAAAAUAAAAAUGUACAAAGAAUCAGGUACCGAUUUAUUUAAAGGGGACGCUUUAUGUACGUACAUAAGGGUUGAAUCCGUUGAUUUAGCUUUAAAACUUUUGGAUGGAUCCAUGUUUAAAGAUAAAAAAAUUAAAGUCGAACGAGCCCAAUUUCAAUUAAAAGGUGAAUACGACCCAAAGCUUAAACCGAAAACGAAAAAACGUAAAGAAAAACAAAAAUUAAAAAGGAUGCAAGAAAAAUUAUUCGAUUGGAGACCGGAAAAACCAAUCGGCGAACGUGCCAAACACGAAAAAGUCGUUAUAAUUAAAAAUUUGUUUGAACCGAAACUUUUCGAUGAAGACGUCGGGCUUAUAUUGGAAUUCCAACAAGAUUUACGUGAAGAAGCUUCGAAAUGCGGUGAGGUACGUAAGGUUAUGCUUUACGAUCGACAUCCUGGAGGUGUGGCGCAAAUUAACAUGAAAGAACCCGAAGAAGCGGAUGCCGUUGUUCUGCUUUUAAAUAAUCGGUGGUUUGGUAAAAGGAAAUUAACUGCGGAAAUUUGGGAUGGAAAAACUAAAUAUAAAAUUGCUGAAACUGAGGCUGAAAUUUCUGAGAGGAUUGAUAAUUGGGAUAAAUAUUUAGAAGGAAAAGAGGGAGAAAAAGUUCAAUUAAAAAAUGUAACUGAUUAAUUAGAAAUAAUGUAAAUCAAUAAUGAUUAGGUACUAAUAAAAAGAAAUUUUUUAUUAA